GUGCACAAUAUUGACUUGCUGGUCGCACCCCUCGUAAACUUUGUUCUCCUGAAGUGGCAGAAGCCUGAUGGAAAAAUUCAGGAAUCUCAAGAUCUUAACAAUGACAACGAGACGGCCCUGCAUUGCGCAGCGCAGUAUGGCCACACGGAGGUGGUGAAGGUUCUCUUAGAGGAGCUAACAGACCCCACCAUGCGCAACAACAAAUUUGAGACGCCUCUGGACCUGGCUGCACUGUAUGGGAGACUGGAGGUGGUGAAGAUGCUUCUCAACGCACACCCCAACCUCUUGAGCUGCAACACUAAGAAGCAUACCCCCCUGCACUUGGCAGCGAGGAACGGCCACAAAGCUGUGGUCCAGGUCCUCCUGGAUGCUGGCAUGGAUAGCAACUACCAGACGGAGAAGGGCAGUGCUUUGCAUGAGGCUGCUUUGUUUGGCAAGACCGAUGUGGUGCAAAUCCUGCUGGCUGCAGGAAUUGAUGUCAACAUUAAAGAUAACCGUGGACUGACUGCUCUAGACACUGUCCGAGAGCUGCCUUCUCAGAAGAGCCAACAGAUAGCAGCACUUAUUGAAGAUCACACGCAUGGAAAAAGAAGUGCAAAAGAGGUAGAUAAAACUCCUACACCGCAGCCACCUCUCAUCUCCAACUUGGACUCCAUAUCACAGAAGUCUCAGGGUGAUGUGGAGAAAGCAGUGACUGAACUGAUCAUUGAUUUUGACACAAAUAUUGAAGAUGAGUGUUCCUACGAGUCUCUGUACAAUGCCAUCUCCUGCCAUUCGUUGGACAGCAUGGCCAGCGGGCGAUCGUCUGACCGUGACUCGGUGAACAAGGAGUCAGAGGCAGCAGGAGUGAAAGCAGCAGGAGUGCGGCCUAGGGAACGUCCACCACCUCCUGCAAAGCCACCACCAGAUGAAGAAGAGGAGGAAUGCAUAGAUAAGAAAUAUCUUCCCUUGACAGCUUCUGAGGUCUUGGCCAUGAGACCCCGGAUUCAGGGAAGUGCAGCCAGGGAAGAGGAUGAACAUCCUUAUGAGCUAUUGUUAACAGCAGAAACAAAGAAGCUGGUGUCAGUGGAUGGAAAAACAAAAGGUACAUCUUAUGCCCCCUCCCCAGCAAAAACAACUCCAAAAGAAUUUUCAAAGUUUGUGAUCCAGGUGGGAGGAAAUUAAAAUGUUCCGGGGCUUAUGGCAGUCUGGGGUGGUGGGUGUAUUAUGGUCUUUCAUUUUCAAUUCCCUAGGUUGGAUUUGGAUCGCCACCUUAUAGCCCAUAAAGCAAGGAAAAGGUUAGGUCAGGUUAGGUGAGACCCAUAUCAGGGGAGACAGCCGACAUUGUAGCAGAAGUUGAUUUGGGGUCUCAAAUCAUAAACUUUCAAGUUAAUGCUGUGGAAAAACAAGCCCAACAAGUCAGUCCCUUGGGUUCAGGCUGGCGGCACAGACUCUGCUUUGAGCCCUGACCUCAGAGAGAGGCACUCCUGGGGAGGGGCCGUGAUUGGCUGCCACCCGGUAACUAGAGUGCUCUGUUGCCUUGGCCUACUUUCAUUACCUCUGCAAAAUACAGUUUCCUCUGUGAAGGAGUGAAUGCUGCAGGACUGAGAUCCAGCCAGACGGAGAGUGUGCACUGCUGGAGAGUGAGUGACUUCCUCUGUUCUCCUAAGGAAGGACGAGAAGGGGCAAGGCAGUUCCUGCUGACAUUUGAAGGAACUCCUGUCGCCUCUCACAGCACUUUAUGGCUUGUAGCGACUAGGUCCUUUAUGGGUAUUACUAGUGCCUUCUUUCAGUGCCAGAACAGUGCCUGGUUCAGGUAAGAAUGGGGGAUGGAAUGUUUUCUUUUGAAGUAUCCUUUUCUAGGACUCUGUCAAAGGGUGAGGGUGGCCCAGAGAAUGUGUACAUAUAUAUAUGACAUUGUAGAAAUUUUUUUAAUGAUCUUCUUUGAAAGGGUUUUCUUCUAGCAUGCAGAAACUUUGUGGAUCUUUUCAUAGUAGUUCUUUUGUUUAUUAUGGUUUCCAUCUGGAGCUUUUUUUUUAAAGUUAUAAUUUAGAUACAGUAAAAUUCAUUCUUGUGUGCAGUUCUGGAGCUUUGACAAACGUAUUUAAUUGCCACCAUAAUCAGGAUACAGAACAGUUUCAUCACACCAAAAAAUUCUCUUGUGUCCCUUUGUAGUCAGUCCCACAACCCUCCCCUACCCCUGGCAACCAUUGCUCUGAUGUCUGUCCAAAUAAUUUUGCCUGAUCCAGAAUGUUGUGUAAAUGGAGAAUGUACCCUUUUGCAUCUAGCCUCUGUCAGUUAGCAUAAUUCAUUUGAUAUUCAUCUGUGUUGUUGCAUAUAUCAGUAAUUGGCUCCUUUUUAUUGCUGAGUAGUAUUCCAUUUAUGCGAAUACCACAGUUAACCCAUUCACUCACUAAAGAAUGUUUAGGUCAUUUAUAGUUUUAUAGCUACUAUAAACAUUUGCUUACAAGUUUUUGUGUGGACAUAGGUUUCAUUUCUCUUGGGUAGACACUAGGAAUGGGAUUGCUGAAUCCUAGAUAACUAUAUGCUUAACUUUAUAAGAAGCUGCCAAACUAUUUUUAGAGUUAGAGUUGCUGUGUAUCUUCUCUAAUACUCUCAGGUUCUCAGUGUGUAGUGAUAUUUCAUUGUGGAUUUAACUUGCAUUUCCCUUAUGACAAAUGAUGUUGAGCCUCUACUUGUGAUUAUUUGUCAC